AUGUCGCAAGCAUCCGAGAGCGACAUUUGCCAGGCGGUGCUGGGAUUCGUCACUGAAGGCGCUUACCCGGAGGAGAACGUGGUGGCUGCCAAGUUCCCGGCGGCAGCUCUAGCAAAGGAAUUGGAGCUGAUAUCACAGGCUCGAGAAAAAGUGGAGAAUGAGAUUAGCUCUCUCAGUCGUGAGAACAACACAUUCGAUGCCGACGAUUGGAUUAUUCAAGCGAGACAACUACACGCAGAUAUUGAACGCUCGAGAGUUACGGCGCGGGAAAUCGUGUCUCAACAUGAGCAAACUAAACCCCUUCAAGCUAAAGUGGACGACGCUCAUGCGAAAGUUGGAUUGAUCGAGACGGAGAUUGCAUUUAAUGAGGCUGUUGCGGAGACACUAGAGGAAGUACAGCGACUGUGUCAACAGUUGGAGUCUGGACGGGCUGCUCUGGGAACUGGUCGUAUAAUGACAGCUAUCGAACAUCUGGAGUCCGCAUCAUCAGCCAUUCAAAAGGAUACCCCGUUCUCAAACACCAAUGUGAUGGGCAUACUCUUGGAGGAGACAACCCGGCUUCGGAAGGAGAUCGAAGAGGCCGUACAACACCGUUGGAGUGAACAACUCAAGGUUGAUCGAGCAAUGGGCCAGUUCCACAUUACCAGUAUUGAGGGCACUGAUUCCUUGGAGGAGACUAUUACGUCACUUUCUCGACUGAAUAUACUUGUCUCUGCAACUGAUAAGCUCCAGAAAGAUCUUGAAUCGGUGAUCCUUGGCCCAAUCCUGGCCUCGCGUGGAGACAGCAGCAGCCGUGCAAUUGAGGUUACAGAGACGGCUAUUUGUGUUGCCCCUGCCUUCUCUAAGACGAUUGUAGCCGAGACAUUCAGUCGAGUCACGGAUGUUCUUAACUUCUUGCGGAAAUACCUGCCGUCGUCAUUAUCAGCUUCUAUCCCUCCGUCCUUGAUUCCAGCUAUUGCUUCCAAGGCGAUAUCUGGGUGGCUGUCAUCCGCGAUUCCAACCACUCUUGAUGGCCUGGAAGACUUCGAAAAUACCUUGGACAGUGUACUACAAUUCACCAAAACUAUCGAAUCGUGGGGAUGGACUGGACAAGAAGAACUUGUCUCAUGGGUUAAUCAAGCCCCUCGGCUCUGGUUGACUCGACGCCGAGUUGAUUCUCUCGAUAGUGUCCGGAAAGCAAUUGCAGCUAGCAAUGGCAGCACAAAACAAGUUGAAAGAGUCGAAAAGGAGGAAGUGUCGCAAGUGGAGGAGGCACUCUUGGAGAAUGCUGCCACUGAUGAUUGGGAUGCAGAGUGGGACGACGACAAGGAAGAAGCACCAGCGGCUGACCAACCCCAGGAAGAUGAAGAAGAUGUUAGUGCAUGGGGUCUCGACGAUGAGGACGACACUAUUGAGCCUCCAAGCAAACCAGAUGUGGAGAAUGCUCCCGAAGAAGAUGAUGAUGCGGACGAUGCUUGGGGGUGGGGAGAUGAUGACGAAGAGAAGAAGGACGAAAGACAGAAGCCUCCACUUCUCACUGAGACCAAGCCUGCAAGUAGCAAAAGCAAAAACAGUGCCCAACCCAAGGAGGUCAUUCUCAGGGAAGUUUACACGAUCACCGAUAUUCCAGAUUCGAUUCUUGACAUCAUGCUCCAACAAAUCUUUGACUCCCAGGAUAUCGCCCAACCUCAACAUUCCAAUUCUCGUGUCGCUUCAUCUGGAGCUGGUCUGCUUGCGCUUCCCACCUUGAUUCUGGCCAUGUUCAAGGCUACUUCAUCCUCUUUCUAUUCCCUCAAGCUCAAUUCAGGUCAAAUGUACCUGUAUAAUGACAGUCUUUACCUGGCUGGUCGUGUUCGAGAGCUGAUUGAGGAGCACAGUCUCAUCCGGCUCAGUUCUGACGUGGAAGCUCUGGAAAAGUUUGGCAAGUUUGCAUAUAGCAAGGAGAUGCAGACCCAGAGCACCAUUGUCACUGAUCUUCUCGAUGGAGCGCAAGCAUUUGGACAAUGCUCAGAAAACCCAUACAAGAUGGAAUGUGAAAAUGCUGUCAGCGCGACUGUUGACCGAAUUCGCGAUGUGUACAAGGAAUGGCAGCCAAUUCUCUCGCAUUCUGCGCUUCUCCAGUCCAUUGGGUCUCUGCUGUCCACUGUGAUUAGUAAAAUAAUCAUGGAUGUCGAGGAUCUGGGUGACAUUUCAGAGGACCAGUCAAAACAACUCGUUUUAUUCUGCAACCAGGUCUCCAGCUUGGAGGAUCUCUUCAUGCCUGAAUCUACUGGAGAGUCUGAAGCUGUCCCAGUGACCGCUGUCUAUGUCCCGAUCUGGCUCCGGUUCCAAUAUCUCAUCAAUAUUUUAGAGAGCUCACUUGCGGACAUCAAGUUUCUUUGGAUUGAGGGCGAAUUGGGUCUUGAGUUCUCUAUGGACGAGGUGAUCGACUUGAUUAUUGCAUUGUUUGCAGAUGACGAACAAAAUUCCGGCGCCGAGGCUGCGCAGCGACAGGUUCGUGUCCAGCUCAUGAGCAAGCAGGAGGACAUUGCUCUGCCUGAAAGCACUGGUCCCAUUCUCGUUCCUACUGGUCUGCGACGUUAUGCGCUGUCGACCUUGGUGAACAACCUGCUGUCGAGCGAGAAGCCCAUUCCGUUUGAGUUUUUGAUCAACGGAACAUUUCUACGUACCUCGAUUGAUGAAUACCUGACUGCCAAUGGCAUCUCGGCCGAAACCACCCUCGAAAUUGAAUAUGUUCGCGCUUUGAUUCCUCCUCUUCACAUUGCCUCUUUUGAGCAUGACGACUGGGUCAGCGCUACGGACGUGCUCUCCAAAACCUCGCCUGCCGCCUCUUGGGCUUCGGGUGCUACAUUCUCGAAGGGCCAGGAGAGAAUUUUGUCUGGAAGUUACGAUGGCUUGCUCCGAAUUUGGAACAUGUCAUCUGAGAUUAUUGCGACCUCUCCUGGCCCUAACGAGGCCGCGAAGUUUGUCUCGCCAAACCAGAUUGCUACAGCCGGUCUGGACCGCACCGUUCGACUGUGGAAGUACACUGAAGAUGAGAACCAUUUCUCUGGAAAAUUAACCCCUCAGAUGGAGCUUUACGGACACAAGGCCGGUAUCGAGUCAUUGGCCGUGCACGCUCCCUCUAACCGUCUUUUGACCGGUUCCUUGGAUCACACUGUUGGCUUCUGGUCUACCAAGAAGGCUGAUUCCCCCGCCGCCCCAGAGAACCUGCUUCCCUCCAGCAAUGCCCGUAACUCCAAGCGCAGAAAGCUGAACGUCUCUGUCAGCACACCGCAGCGUGGACCUUUGGCUCUUCUGUCGGCGCACACCGCUCCCGUCUCAGCAGCUAUCUUCGACGCAAAGGAUUCUACUGUUGGAUACUCUGCUUCCUGGGAUCACUCCCUGCGCACCUGGGAUCUGGUCACCGCCUCUUUGGUUGAUACUCGCACUACCUCCCACUCUCUUCUUUCUCUUGAGCACCUUCCCGAUCACAACCUGCUGGCUGCCGGUACUGCCGCCCGCCACAUUACCCUGAUUGACCCGCGUGCCUCUGCCGCUACUGUCGCUGCGAUGACCCUUCGUGGCCACAUUAAUGCUGUCGUCAGCUUGGCUCGUGAUCCGCACAGCGCAUACGGUCUCAUUAGUGGUAGCCACGACGGCACCUGUCGCAUUUGGGAUAUCCGUUCGACCAAGACUGACAAGGACGGAGUUGUUGGUGAGAGCGUGUACUCGAUCACUCGCAAGAGCCUUGAGGAGGAUGGAAAGGCAGAGAGCAAGCGCGUCGGUGGUGAGGGUGUCAAGGUCUUUAGCGUCUGCUGGGACCCCACGGUGGGCAUUGUCAGCGCAGGUGAGGAUAAGCGUAUCCAGAUCAACCGUGGUGAGGGUGUUCUGUCCGCGACAAAGCAGUAG